AACAGCCUUUGCGCUCCAAGCAGGAAGAACGUCCUCUCGCAGGGGCUCGUACUGAUCCAAGUUAGGAGCUUUCAGCUGCCAGCCUUGGCCCAUCAUGUAAGGGCUGCGGAGAAUUCUUUGCAGUGCAGUUGCAAAAUUACCUCCUUCCCCCGACGCCCGCGGGGACCGUGCAUUCACAAGGCCGCCCCGUGCACGGACACGCACGCCUCGGACGCGGAACGACUCCAAGUGCAUGAAGAUCUCGGCUUGUAUUUUGCAUCUUUGUUGCAAGGCGAGCCGCUGAAGCUCCGGCGCGAGGGCGAUGGAGGGAGGGAGCGAGAAAGAAGGCAAAGUCUUUUGUGCUUCCCCUCCCCCCCCUCAAAGCAAAGGGGAAAUGUCUCAGGCGAAGGGAGGGAAGAAGAAGCCAGCGCUCAAGCUGUCCAGGGAGGUGUUUGAGCAGCCCGCCGCCGCAGUACCCCCCAGAGAUCUGGACUCCAAAGCCUAUGUGACCAUUGGAGAGAAGAAUUUCGAGGUGAAGGCCGACGACCUGGAGCAGAUCAGCGAGCUGGGCCGGGGCGCGUACGGCGUGGUGGACAAGAUGAGGCACGUGCCCAGUGGCCUCAUCAUGGCCGUCAAGCGGAUUCGGGCCACAGUGAACACUCAGGAGCAGAAGAGGCUGCUGAUGGACCUGGACAUCUCCAUGAGGACCGUUGACUGCUUCUACACGGUCACCUUCUACGGAGCCCUGUUCAGAGAGGGCGACGUCUGGAUCUGCAUGGAGCUGAUGGACACCUCCCUGGACAAGUUCUACAAGCAGGUGAUCGAGAAGGGCCUGACCAUCCCCGAGGACAUCCUGGGCAAGAUCGCUGUGUCGAUAGUGAAAGCGUUGGAGCAUCUGCACAGCAACCUGCAAGUCAUACACAGAGACGUGAAGCCGUCCAACGUCCUGAUCAACACCCAGGGUCAGGUGAAGAUGUGCGACUUUGGCAUCAGCGGCUACUUGGUCGACUCUGUGGCCAAAACCAUGGACGCCGGCUGCAAACCCUACAUGGCGCCGGAGAGGAUCAACCCCGAGACCAACCAGAAAGGAUACAACAUCAAGUCGGACAUCUGGAGCCUAGGAAUCACUAUGAUCGAGCUCGCCAUCCUGCGCUUCCCCUACGCCUCGUGGGGAACGCCCUUCCAGCAGCUGAAGCAGGUGGUGGAGGAACCUUCGCCCCAGCUUCCUGCCAACCAGUUCUCCCCUGACUUUGUGGACUUCACCUCCCAGUGCUUGAAGAAGGUUUCCAAAGAGCGGCCGACGUACACGGAACUCAUGCAACAUCCCUUCUUCACCUCCCACGAGGCCAAAGGAACCGACGUGGCUAGCUUUGUGAAGGUGAUUCUAGGAGACUGAGGUGCCAGAGGGGUGGAGGGAGGGCGUGUCGGGAAGAGAACACAAGAAACAAACAAAAGGCACCAGUUGCGGCCCGGUUCCCCUCCCUUUCGUCAGACGGAGACCAGCGAGCGAGCGCGUCCUCUGUUCAUGACCUGGAGCUGGACUGGGUGCAGCCGACCGACGCUUUGUGACUGUAUGCAACAAGUCCCUCUGGUUCCACUCAUCCCACCUCUGUGCACCAUCUACUACUCAACCUUAAUAUUAGUCGGCAAGUUGACCUCUAUUUCCCCCCUUUUCUGCUGAAACACAAAUAUAUGCAGAGGUGCAGAUUCUAUCAAAUAUGAAUGAUAUAUUACUAUGUAUGUAUAAUCUAAAUGUUUGUAUACUCUAAGCAGAUGUUGCAUCAGUUUAGUAAUUGAAUGCAUGUACAGACUAUAUCUACUGGGCUCCUAUGCUCAGUGACGAACAGCCUCCUAGUGGUCACAGACAGGUACUGCACUUCAACGGCUUCCCUGACUCCAGUUCUGACUGUCCGUGUGUGCGUCCACUGGACACACGUUCUGGAUAAUAACAGCGUGGCCUGAUGUGCACAGAUGUCCAGUGUGGUGAGCUGCACAUGGAGCCUGGGCAACUCCAGUGUGCUGCUGAAGGAUGCUUCCUGGAGGCGUUCUUGUGAACCUACUCGCUCCGCUUCUGUUCUCACCGUUCAUAGUUUCACACCAACACGUUAACUCAGAAACCUUCAGGUCGCCUUCACACGUGGACGUCUUUAGGAACGCAUCCAUGGACCGAAGCACACGUGUGCAGAAAGGGACCCAGUCAAAUGGAGCCUGGAGGGUUGAUGAGCUCCAUCAGACCUUUGUGUGAGCGGAACCGGCAUCAGACAUCAGACGAGGCUGUGUCCUGAUCCGCUGGACCUGCAGCCCCGCCUGAUGCUGUCUGUGGGGGGGUUCUCCUCGUCUGUACUGAGCCGACCACACUCUCCUUUCUUCGGUCCACAUGAACAGAACUGGAUAUUAUUGAUAUUGUAUUGUUUAGAUUUCGGUCCCGGACGUAUUUAUUACAACUGCUGUUCUCCCUCUGAAACUUGAGCGACCCGUCGGAGACUGUGUUUGUGUGGACUGAGUAUGUUUUUCUGUUUUUUGUGGUGUUCCUCUUGGCUCAAACUCGUAGUGCUUUUGAAGUGUGACUUGUGCCAGCCUUCUAUGUGCCUCUAUACAAAGCGACCUCUCCCAUCGUCUCACCUUCUGGCUCCUCUCGUGACGUUGGCUUUUCUUUUUCUAGUCGUGGAUUGGGCUCGAGGCCGUCUGUGCUUUUUAUCUGAUGGUGGUUUGUGAUGGCAGGAAACUCUGGGCUGCUUCACUUGUGCUGGUGCUUCUCUGAACUUGAAACACUGUACGUGGCUGUUUUCAUUCCUCUUGUCUGUAAACAUUGUUCAUCGAGUCCAUUUCUGCUCAGAUGCUUUGUCUGUGAACCUCCCGGACGCCUCUCGUCUCUGCUGAACGACUCCGUGACCUUGUAGGUGGUCAGAUUGAAGCGCUUCAGCGCCGGCCGCUGCUGCGGCCCGGACUCGGGUCUCGGGAUCAGGCCUCCUGCAUCUCCCUCCUCCUUCAGGCUCAUGUCAUCCAUGGUUUUCAUGCUUUGUUUGAAGCCGUAAUGACCCCUUUGUUCAUUCUGUGUCUGGUCCUCGCGUGACCACAGUCGCCUUUGAUUGUGGACCAGGCCCAGUGGAGCCUCUCACACCCAGCAGCUGGUCUGGGAUUUGACAACACCUCGUGUCUGUGAAUGACGCUCGGACACUUGUGGUUGUUAAAAGGUUCAUCUCCCUUUAGAGGUUCAGACUUCGCGGAUGUUGUUAGUUUAGGUGCAGGGUUGUUGGUUGUGGCUAAAAGUGGUCGUUCAUAGGAUCCUCUGUAACCUUCGCUGCUUCUGAUCCGCUCAUGUUCAUCGGCAGUGAGGAAGGACAGCAGUCUGGUUUUCCUGUUCAGCGCAUCAGGGCCUCAUCAGACUCGAGUCUCGGCCUCUGUCCAGACCUGUGUCUGGGCUCCUGGUUUUGUUUCCUCGCCUGGACUUUCCCGUCCACGUGUCUAUUUGUGGCCUGCUUCUACCUGAGGGUCAGUGGGGGCAGGACGUCCCGCGUUUCCCCGCUUUGCUUCUCCGUCCCUCCUGAGGGCCUAUUUCUGCUCGUACGUGACUAAGGUCCAGCAGACAGGCCUUUACUGGAACCACACACCUGUUUGCACCAGGCUGAUAUGAGGCUCGGAGAGAAUCGGCGGAAACCUUUGCUCACCUUCCUCCUCAUCCUCGAAAUGUGUCAGCAGAUGAAUCAAAGGCCUGUAGACGUGGGUCGCUUCCAGCCCUUUACAGUGUGCUCUGCCAGGUGUGUGUGCGUGUGUGCGUGUGUGCGUGAACCGUACCGAGGUUUCUUUUAGUUAUUGUUAUUAUUUUUUGCACAACACUUCUCACUUUGAGCGUUGUGGAGGUCGACUACAACAGCGCGACUUGUGAACCGUGGAGCUUCGUGUCUCUGUGUUGCAGGUGGUAAACUGCUGGUACACACAGCUGUAUGUGACUUCUGAUGUUGCAGUGUUGUGUUCUUCUUCUAUCCGGGGCUGAGGGCUGGGUUUUCAGAGUGAGACGUACGACGAGGGUUCGACUUCUUCAGCUCCUCGCCCCACGGGAAGUGAAGUUCUCAGUAUAUUAACGUGUCUCUAAGCCUCUGCUAAAGACUGAUGACUGUUCAUUUAGAGCUCAAUGAAUUUCUAUGAAUAUUUUAGAUUGCUCAAACUGAUUGUGUGCAAUUGUAAUGAUGGAAAUUCAAAUAAAAAAGACGUAUUUUUACACGAUAA